AUGACAAUCUUUGCAACUUUAUCAAAAUUAGGAAAUAGCUCAGUUUCAAAAUCAUCCAAAGUUUUAUCAUCUUCCUCUGUAUCAUCUCAAAGCUCAAAUUCUAUUAGUUGUGAUAACUCAUGUGGUAGUGGUGUCCCAAUGUUCAAAGGUCCAAGUGGUCGUUCUUAUACUUUGGAACAAUUGGUUGCAAUUGGAAUUGCUCAUACAACAGCAUUUGUAAUGAGUCAACUUUCAAAUAUGACUGGUGGUUCUUCAAUUUCUUCCAUGGGUUCAAUCAAAUCAAACAAAAAUGAAACCUUAAACAACUCUCACCAAAACAUCUGCACUGAACACAACAAAUCUGCUCUUCUUGGACUUGGUAUCUCAAAACUUGUCUCUGGUUUAUUAAAUACUGUUAGUGGAGUUGUUAGUAGUGUUGGUUUAUAA